GGAAGUGAGUUUGUUGUUGCUGCUGUCGGAUCUCAGACGAAUCAGAAAAUCAAUUAAGUUAUGAAAAAUACCAUUAAUUGCCUUUCUUUGUCACCGCAGCUCAUGAAGAAAUGGCGGAUCUCCAGACUUUGUACCUCUGCUGUGUCUGAUGGCUCAUCCGGAUCCAACAGGAACCUUUUACACCGAGAGGAAUAUUCACGUCUUUCAGAAAUACUAAAGAUUAUCUUCCAAUCAGACGAGAAUGAGCUGAUGGUCGUGGAAGUCUGCAGGAAGACGCUCCAAAAAACAGAGAGGCUGACUGGAAGAUGCCCAGAAAAAAACAACAGAAUCCACAGCCAGUCAAGUUGGAUUCUGAAGAUGGUGUAGUCUUUGAAGCUCCAGAAAACCUCACAUUAGACACAGACUUCUUUCUCGGACAAGACCUGGAGUUUGAUGACCCUGAUCAUGAGAGCAAGAUUCUAGGUCUGGAAAAGUUUUCAGAAGUAGCAGCUGAGAUCGGCUUCUCCGUGUACCCUCUGGCUGAUGAGGAGAGCCCUGCGUACAGCCAGCUCAGCAUGGAGAGUGAAACAGAAAACUCACACGGCGCCACUGACAACGGGAGGGAUGAGGAGGGCGGAGCGUCCCAGUCGGAGCCCAGUUUCCCUCCCUACCUGUCCUGCAGGGGCUGCGGUCAGCUCCGCGAUGAACCUUUAGGACCGGGCAUAGACCUGGUGGGUCCGUUUUGCCUCAGGUGCUGCAAAGCCUCAAGGGAAGCCAAAAGCACGGACUUCUGCUCUCCCUUUGGAAGCAUGAGCGGGAUUCGCUCAGGUUUGCAGAUGGACGACGACGAUGAUGACGACGACGACGACAUGGGGGACGGGAUGAUGGACAAAGACAUGACGGCUGAGGACAAAUUCCCCAAACUGCACUCGUGUCACCUCUGCGGCUUCUCCUCCCGCUACGCCAACCACGUGAAGCGUCACAUGAAGACGCACAACGGGGAGAAGCCCUACAACUGCCCGCUGUGCACUUACGCCUCGGCUCAGCUGGUGAACCUGCAGAGACACCUGCGCAUUCACACCGGGGAGAAACCGUACAAAUGUGACAGCUGCACUUUUGCCUGCAGUUCCCUCGGCAACCUGAAGAGGCACCAGCGCAUGCACGUGCCCUCUUUGGGGGGCGGACACGACGUGCUGCCACAGAGACCCAUCAUUGGACAGAACGUCCUCAAGAGGCAACUGCCCGGGCAGAGAGCCAAUGAGGAAGUCUCUUCUGCUUCAGCCAAGGUUUCAGAAGUUGUGAGGCCGACUUCAAACCUGAGUUUGGGCGCACAGAACAACAACUACAUGCCGACCUUUGACGGCUUAAAGGGGGCGUCACCUCCACCCAUACCCGCCUCCAACCCAGCUCCUGGACACCAACCUCCACCUCUGCUGGAGAACACAGUCAGUGGCGGCGGCGGCAGGACAAACAGAGGGGGCGUGACAGACAGUGCCCCCCUCCCCCCGUCACUUUUCCCUUACACCUGCCGGCUGUGCGGCAUCGUCCUGGAGGACGAGGACGGCACCUCGGCGCAGAUUUGCGCCAAAUGCACCCUCGAAAUGCUGACUAAAGACUCGUCCUCGUCUCCUAACAGUCCCGGAGAGCGCAGCGACAAGGUGUACACCUGCGCCGCCUGCCCCUUCCUCACACACUACCCCAACCACCUGGCACGCCACAUGAAAACUCACAGCGGCGAGAAACCGUACAAGUGCCCACAGUGCGACUACGCCUCAGCGCACUUCGACAACCUCAAGCGGCACCACAGAGUGCACACGGGCGAGAAACCCUACAAGUGCCAUUUGUGCGAUUACGCCUGCGGGAACUUGGCCAACUUGAAGCGCCACCAGCGCGUGCAUUCAGGCCUGAAGCCGUUCCAGUGCGCCGUCUGCAGCUACAGCUGCAACCAGAGCAUGAACCUGAAGCGGCACAUGCUGCGGCACACGGGGGAGAAGCCGUACAAGUGCCAGGAGUGCGGCUACACCACGGGCCACUGGGACAACUACAAGAGGCACCAGAAGAAGCACGGCCUGGCCACGGACGGCUGGGUCAAAGUGCCGAGCGCCGGCAUGGAUGGAGAACAGGAAGGGAGGAAAGGGAUGAUAGGAGGAGGAGGAGGAGGAGGAGGAGGUGGAGGUGGUCAGACUCAGAGGAAAGAAACAGGCGUGGAUAUGCAGUACAUGUCCAGGGAGGGAGGACAGACGAUCCACUCGUGCUACAAACUUGAGAUUGUUUGAAUGAAACUCAGCAAAACUAAGCUACCAGCAACUCCUUUUGAUUUCUUUUCUCACAGAGCCUUUAUCUUGUUUUAGCGUGUGUCCGUCUGUAAGUGUUCGUCACAUGUCUUCAGAGGCUGCUAAUUUUUCAUUUGUAGAUCUCGCACAAUAUGAAAACUGUUGUUUUGAAUAUUUUCAUCCUGUUUUCUUUUCUUUUAUGAAUCAGAAAGGUGGAUGAGUUUGUGUCUGUGUAAAGAAAAAGGGAUUAUACCGACUGUGCAAGUCUUCAGACUGUCUCAGUGUGUGUGUGUAUUUCAAACUAACCCACUCAUGUUUCCACUCAGAUCUGAACACUACCAAAUACUCCUCAACACAUGGAACCUGCACAGUCUGCCUGAACUGUCGAGCUGCACUGCGCAGUCUAUAGAAAGUUGUUUCUCAGUAAUCAGCUUUGAAAAAUGUCAGUCUUCUAUUUUUUUUGUGCCAAAAGAAACCCUCCCUUCCUCACUGCUACAUUUCCACGCUCACCCUUUGUUUGCUUUGAGGUUAAUUUAAAGGAACUACACAGUGCAGCUCGACCUAAACAUGGUUCCUCCUGUGCCCUGAGAAUGUCCUCUGAUUGUGGCCCUCCAAUGAACUACAAGCAGUGCUCUUAAACAGCACUGGAACUAUCUUACACUCGUCUCUUCUUCAUCUGUUUGUGUCGACCUUCUAAAUAACCCCCCCUGUCUUCAGUUGUCUUUUAACCCCUCAGGAGUAGAAAAAAAAAGUGAUUCGGCACGAAGAUAAUUUCUAGUUAUUCGAGCUCUAAGAUUGCAUGCAGAAGCAUCUUGAAAAGAUCGACUUUGUUCUAUGUUUGAAGAAAAAGCACAAAUAUAAAAACCUGCAGGUUGCAUUUGGACGGCGGCAGAAAAACUAAAGGGAAUAAAAACAUGUUGCUCUAAUGAUUGAACAUAAUCUUCUUACAUAUCAUUACACUUCAAAUCCAGAGAUCAUGAAUCUGCUCAUUUGAUUACUGUUUACUGUGAAAUUAGCCCUUACUCGUGUUUUUUUACUUGAAAGUAUAAGAUGACACCAUUAGUCAGCAUGUGUGUGUAAUAGUUUUAUUUUUUUUAAAUGUGACUGUAACACACUGCUAGAAGUGCAUACUUAAAUAUAUGUAAUUGUUUUUUUAUUAUUUUGAAUGUGUGAUGUGUCAUUUUAGUUGCCAUGGGAAAAAUAGGGACUGUGAUUUGAGUUGACCCUCUUGAAUUACGACUAUAUGCAAGUGAGAUUUUUUCAGGUUGCCAACUUUCCAUGACGAGAUGGAGAACCUAUUGUUUAAUACCGACACCCCCCCCCUAAGUGUCCAUGUUAUGUCUUUAUGCAGUGUCUCAUAAAUGCCUUAAGUGAGGAUUUUGAAAUAAACACGUGGAGUUCAUGUCAUUGAAUGUCA